UUCCUGCCUCUCUGUCUCUUCCUCCCUCUCUGUCUCUUCCUCUCUGUCUCUUCCUGCCUCUCUGUCUCUUCCUCCCUCUCUGGGAGUCUCGUACAUUUCCCGUCGUGCUUUGCGGCUCCUGACAAGUCGGAUCCAAGAUGGCGUAGAAAGUAAUGACAGGAGUCCUGUCCUGAGUCAUGGCAGACAGAAGACCGGCUCAUCCUUGUGAACAAGCAUGUGACUCCUUCCGGCGGCUGGACUACGAGGCGGCGGUGACGCACUGCACAGAAUGUCUGCUGUCCCUCAGCCACUACAAGAGCACGCCGGCCUGCGCCUCGCAGAUCAACCGCAUCAAGAUCGAGAGCCUGCUCUACCGCAUCGCCUCGUUCCUGCAGCUGAAAAACUAUGAUCAGGCGGAUGAAGACUGCAAGUUGGUCCUGGGGUCGGGCCACUCGCAGUUGGACGCCUCUGUUCACACUGUACUGUGCUGUUUGCAUCUGGAGGGGAAGCUGCAGAUCGUGUCCGGUGUAUUAUCCAAGACUCUGAUCGGAGAGCCACUGAACGGUAUGGUGACCAAGGACCUGUCACGGUUAAAGGCUCUGCUUGCUGAGAUCGAGAAUGUCACCAACUCCGUUCGCUCGGGUUUUCACGCGGAGGAUUUGGAAGACGGUACACAGGAUGGAUGGCAGUUCAGACCUCCCCCCCGGGGUGUCACCAGCAGUGAGGAGUACACACUGUGCAAAAGGUUCUUAGAACAGGGGAUCUGCCGGUAUGGAGCGCAAUGCACCUCAGCGCACUCACAGGAGGAGCUGGAGGAAUGGCAGAAGCGAUAUGCCUCGCGCCUCAUCCGUCUCAAGCAACAGAAGGAAAACACACAAUUUUCAGGGAGCUACAUGGAGUCCCUGAUCGAGAAGUGGAUGAAUUCCCUGUCGCCAGAGAGAGUGCUCAGUGAGUGUGUGGAGGGCGUACACGUGGAUUACAGUCCUGACCUCUCUGUUACCGUUACCACCAAAAAAUCUCAGCAGACGUGGACGUUUCUCCUGACGUGUAAGCCGGCGAGGACGCUUCAGCGCGUGGCUCUGCUGUACGACGCUCACAGACCUCAUUUUAGUAUUGUGGCAAUAUCCGCUGGAGAUGGCAACAGUCAGGUGCCCCAGGAGGUGCCCGAGAGCUGCCAGGAGUGGGUCGGCGAGAAGAUGUCGCAGAACGGCAUGGACCAUUGCUUGUACAAAGUCGUCAUCACCUUUACCACCGAGAUAUUCGGCACUUUCCGCCAGACUGUAGUGUUUGACUUUGGUGUAGAGCCGGUUCUGAUGCAGAGGAUCAUGGUGGACGCAGCUUCAACUGAAGAUCUUGAAUACUUGAUGCACGCCCGUCAGCAGCUGCUAACGACCGCGAAGCGCUGGGACUCCAUGUCUAAGACCAUAGUGGAGUUCGAUCCCAACGAGACUACUGAACUAGAGCGCAGCCUCCUCAGCCGAUACCAAAUCCCGCUCUCCGCCGACCAGCUGUUUACACAGUCCGUGCUGGACAAGUCGCUGACCAGGACCAACUACCAGUCCCGCCUGCACGACCUGCUUUACAUUGAAGAGAUUGCACAGUACAAGGAAGUCAGCAAGUUUAACAUCAAGGUCCCGCUGCAGCUAGUGGCGAGCUUCAUGCUGACGGGCGUUUCCGGAGGAGCCAAAUACGCCCAGAACGGGCAGCUUUUCGGUCGCUUUAAACUCACUGAGACACUUUCAGAGGACACGCUCGCCGGCAGACUCGUGAUGACCAAAGUCAACGCCGUGUAUCUGCUGCCCGUCUCGAAGGAGAAGUCCGCACAGAGCCAAGGGAGCAAAGAGAAGGUGUACGAAGCUGUCAUCGAGGAGAAGACGAAGGACUACAUCUUCUUAAGAAUAUGCAAGGAUUGCUGCGAAGAGCUGCGGCUCCGGCCCGACCGGGAGAUGCAGGUUGAGCUCCAGUUCCAGCUGAACCGGCUGCCUCUGUGUGAAAUGCACUACGCCUUAGACAGGAUACGGGAUAACGGCAUUCUCUUUCCGGAUCUGAGCGCAACGCCCCCGAUACCCUGGAGCCCCAACAGACAGUGGGACGAGCUCUUAGAUCCCCGGCUGAACGCUAAGCAGAAAGAAGCCAUCUUGGCGAUCACUACCCCCCUCUCCGUUCAGCUGCCCCCUAUCCUCAUCAUCGGCCCUUAUGGUACCGGCAAGACGUUCACCCUGGCCCAGGCUGUGAAGCACAUCCUAAAGCAGCAGGACACCAGCAGGGUCCUGAUUUGCACCCACUCUAACAGCGCCGCUGACCUCUACAUCAAGGAUUAUUUACAUCCAUACGUGGAAACAGGGAACCCGCAGGCCCGGCCACUCAGGGUAUACUUCAGAAAUCGCUGGGUGAAGACGGUGCACCCGGUCGUACACCAGUACUGUCUGAUCUCCAGCACACAUGCCACCUUCCAGAUGCCCCAGAAAGAAGACGUAGUGCGGCACAGGGUGGUGGUGGUGACGCUCAGCACAUCGCAGUACCUCUGCCAGCUGGAUCUGGAGCCCGGCUUUUUUACCCACAUCCUGUUGGAUGAAGCAGCACAAGCCAUGGAAUGUGAAACCAUCAUGCCUCUGGCCCUGGCCAAUAAGAGCACGCGGAUCGUUCUGGCCGGAGAUCACAUGCAGCUCAGUCCGUUCGUCUACAGCGAGUUCGCCAGAGAGCGUAACCUCCACGUGUCGCUGUUAGACCGCCUGUAUGAACAUUACCCCGCCGACUUCCCGUGUAGGAUCCUGCUGUGCGAGAAUUACCGAUCCCACGAGGCCAUCAUCAAUUACACGUCGGAGCUCUUCUAUGAGGGGAAGUUGAUGGCCAGCGGCAAGCAGCCGGCCCACAAGGACUUCUACCCCCUGACCUUCUUCACCGCCCGAGGGGAGGACGUCCAGGAGAAGAACAGCACGGCCUUCUACAACAACGCAGAGGUAUUUGAGGUGGUGGAGCGCGUGGAGGAGCUGAGGAGGAAGUGGCCGGUGGCCUGGGGCAAGCUGGACGACGGCAGUAUUGGGGUGGUAACCCCCUACGCCGACCAGGUGUUCCGCAUCCGGGCCGAACUGCGGAAGAAGCGACUUUCAGAAGUCAGUGUGGAGAGGGUGCUCAACGUUCAGGGUAAGCAGUUCCGCGUCCUGUUCCUCAGCACGGUCCGCACCCGCCACACCUGCAAACACAAGCAGACCCCCAUCAAACGCAAGGAGCAGCUCCUGGAGGACUCCACCGAGGACCUGGACUAUGGCUUCCUCUCCAAUUAUAAGCUCCUGAACACGGCCAUCACCCGGGCCCAGUCCCUGGUGGCGGUGGUGGGAGACCCCAUCGCUCUGUGCUCCAUCGGGAGAUGCAGGAAGUUCUGGGAGCAGUUCCUCACGAUUUGUCAUGAGAAUCGGAGUCUUCACGGCAUCACAUUCGAGCAGAUAAAGUCCCAGCUGGAGGCCUUAGAGCUGAAGAAGACCUACGUGCUGAACCCGCUGGCGCCAGAGUUCAUCCCGCGGGCGCUCCGGCAGCAGCAGGCAGCAAACGCCGCCAAACAGCAGCAGUCACCGCCAAAGGGCAAAGGUCACCACAAUCAGAGCGAGCACUUUCAAGGGGAUGGAAUGGUUCAGCCCAAUCCUUCUGUCCUGAUCGGCAAUCCCAUCCGGGCGUACACCCCACCCAUGGGUGCUCACACCAACCUGGGCAAAUCCCCCAGCCCCGUGCAGAGGAUAGACCCCCACACCGGCACCAGUAUUCUCUACGUACCUGCCGUCUACGGGGGCAAUAUGGUCAUGUCCGUGCCUUUACCUGUCCCGUGGCCCCCCAACUACCAGGGUCGGUUUUCUGUGGAUCCCCGGCUCAUGACGCACCCGGCCAUGGCCUAUAACAUGAACCUCCUCCAGGGCCACGGCCGCGGAUCUCCCAUCCCGUUCGGCCUCGGCCACCACUCACCGGUCAACGUCGGGCAGCAGGUUCCGCACACGGACAAAGAUCAGCACGAGCUCAGCCGCAAUGGUAAAAGCGAGAACAAUCCGUCAGCCGACAUGAAUAAGCUGCGCACCCCCGAGAAGAAACCGCUGGACUGCAAACCGGUGGACUUGGACCCAAACACACAAACGAGAAGCCCAGAGUCUCGAGCCAACCUCGCCUUCCCCAACCCCAAAUAUCACCGCAAAGAUAAUCCGCCCCAGAGGCCGAUGAAUGUCCACCUGACUCCCCCGCACCCGCAGUACCCCAUGCCCAGCCGCCACUUCCCACACGUCUCCCCCUUACAGCGGCCGCAGUUUCCCCUACAGCAGCAGAACCUUCUGUCCCAACAGCAGAACCAUCUCCCAGAACUGCAGAACCAGAUCCCUCCUCCCCCGCAGGGACCCGUUGUCCCGCAGCAUAACCAUUUAAUGCAGCAGCCGCCCCCGCAGGCUUCUCAGCUGUCCCCCGCUUUCCAGCCCAAUCAGUCCUUCUUUAAUAACCCCAUUCCUCACCGCCCCCCAUCGCCCGGCGUGGACGGCAUGAUCCCGGAGCAGCCGCCGCCGACCAUACUGCAGGACGUCAAUAACCCGCUCCGCUCUGUCGCCCAUAACAAUCAGCUGAUGUCUUCGCACCUCAACAGCUACAUGGAGGACGGGCCUCCAGCCAUGAGUGCAGGGGAGGCUCUAGAUCGUCUGCACAGUAACGUGGCGCUGGAGACGCUGAGGCAGCAGCAGACGAGGAUACAGCAGUGGAACGAGCAUAACGCCUUCCUGAGCCAAGCCAACCUCACAUACCCGCACCACCCCCAUCUACAAGCAAUGGGUCUGGCCCAGCAGCAGCUCAUCAGGCCUAACUGGAAGAUCCCAAACAGCGGAGAGGAGGAGCCUGAGAUCACAUAUUCCAGGUUCCAGGAGUUUCUUCGGGAACUUUCUCAACACGAGCAGAGCGGUGAUCAUCGAGACCUCACAGAGAUGCCUCCUCCUCAGUCCAGACUGUUACAGUACAGACAGGUCCAGCCCCGCAGCCCACCAGCACUCGCCUCCCCCUCCUCCGGCCACAGCGGCCACUUCCCCAGCUUCAGUGAAAACAGCCGAGGAGACAUGGACAUGAGCAACAAUCCCACCUUCCCAGCGCACAUGGCCAACGUGUACAGCAGCCCCUACACCAUGCCAUCGGAACACAUGACGCCCCCUCCACCAAUGAAAUACCUGCAACACGACGGCUCCUGGGCCUACGCCAACCUUCAGCAGAAUCCUCUAAUGGGGCAGGGAUUUCAUUACGGUAUGCCCCCUCUACAGCACAGACCACCACAGAACCCGUUCAUCCAUGUACAGAACCACCAGCCCCCCGCUGGUCAGGAAACAUUUCACCCAGCCGCGCCCCGUGCCGUCUCCACCUCUUCACUCCACAAUCUAGAAGAGUAUGAACCUAGAGGACCCGGCAGGCCGCUGUACCAAAGAAGAAUCUCGGCUAGCUCGGCGCACCCCGGUUCAGAAGAAUUAGCCGCUUGUCAAGAACCCCUCGGUCAAUGUAAAGAAAUUCAAGACCCCAACAAACCCCCAUCAUAUAAUUAUUCAUCUCCCGAACUCUGGGUCAACGCAGCAUCGUCAGUCCCGUACCAGAACAUUCCGUGCAACGGCGCCAACCCAUCCGGACCGCCCCGGGACAUGUUAGUUGCUCCCCAGAAAAUGGUGAAGCCCCCUGACGAGCAUCUCAAAGCGGAGAACCUGCAGAUGUCCAGCUCCUUCAAUUACAACGUCCUGCAGCAUCUGGGCCAGUUCCCCCCUCUCAUGUCCAACAAGCAGAAUGCAGAACCCAACGGAACCGCAGCCGCCCAACAGAACGCGGGCGCCAACAAGCCCACCAUGUCUUACGCUAGCGCCCUGCGGGCUCCACCUAAGCCCAAACCCCCACCUGAACAGGCAAAAAAGAAUAGCGACCCCCUGUCUUUAUUUCAGGAACUUAGCUUAGGGAGUUCAUCAGGUAACAACGGCUUCUAUUCCUAUUUUAAGUAGACCCUCCCCCCUCACUUUUUGCCUUUUGUGUUUUUUGUAUACAAUUUUUUUUUUGUCAUUUUGUAGAAAUAUUUUAGUUUUGGUUAAUGAGUGACCUAUAGCCUCACUGUCAUUUUAAGCAUUUUGGGUUUUUUCAUUUUUUUCUUGUAUGUGUGCAUAAAAAAAAGAAAACGUGUUUUGCGUCGCCGUCUGUGUAUCUGCAAGAAUUAUGCACACGUAAUUUACGGCUCACGGCCUACUGAUCUCUGCUGCCAUUUUUAAAAUAUCUACCUUACUCAAUAUUGAGUUUUUAAUUAUUUAAAAAAAAAAAAUAAUCUUGACAAACAUUGAGGCGAGAUAGCAGUUGUCCGCAGAACUGCUGCUGCUCCUGGCUCUGAUCUCCCAUUGCUGUAGCUAAUGGAAAUUUUACAUAGGUGCAAGAACGGCGACGCAAAUGCACAUAAAAAAAAUUAUAUAACAAUGAUGUGUGAAUGUAUAUUGUACCCAGUAUACAUCCACUGGUAACAGUUUGUAGCUUUGCAGAAAUCUGCAACAACUGUUACAGAGAGGAAAAUCCCAAAAAAUAAA